CAUGUAGCAAGAAGAAGAACUUGUGUCUGCUCUCUGCUAGUUUGUUAGCUGCGGCAACAGUGACAGACGAGUUGUGGAGCUCAACUCUCACAUGCAGACAGCUGCGGACAUGAAAGGUGUGUGUUCCUGCCAUAAACAGCAGUGAUGGAUGGAGAACCCCAAAGGGCGACCGCCUCGUGGGAAAAUGGUUUGCUGCCUCCAGUGGACCGCCUUCGAUUGGACAGGGCAGAAAGUCCCACGCCAGGUCUGGUGGAAGGGACAGAACCAGGUGCUGGUCAGAAGAGUGCCAUGUUCGUCCAUGCACAGUCCUUCGAGGAUCUGACUGCUGCGGCUGAGGAAGAGGCCCAGAGGGCAGCUGAACUUGGCGAAUCAGCAGGACAGUGUGCAGAGGAGCUCAAGGUGCUGGCUGGGAAGAAAGCCACUGAGGAGCAACACAACAACGACUUUUCAUCAGAGAGGACCAAGGAGGAGGACGUGUCCAGUGAGGCCUGGCGGAGUCACAGAAAACACGUGUUUGUGCUGAGCGAGGCUGGAAAGCCGAUCUACACUCGCUACGGCACGGAGGAGGCCCUGUCCAGCACCAUGGGGGUGAUGAUGGCCCUCGUGUCUUUUGUAGAGGCUGAGAAGAACAUCAUCCGCUCCAUCCAUGCAGAUGGCUGUAAGGUGGUUUUCCUCACCAAGAGUCCUCUGGUCCUGGUGGGCGUUUCCCGGACCUGCCAGUCAGACAAGGAGCUGCUGCGAGAGCUGCAGUACAUCUACUACCAGAUCGUCAGCCUGCUCACCCUCACCCAGCUCAACCACAUCUUCCAGCACAAGCAGAACUACGACCUGCGCCGCUUGCUGGCCGGCUCCGAGUAUCUCACAGACAACCUGCUGCACCGUCUGGACCGAGACCCCGGCCUGCUGCUCAGCGCCGUCACCUGCCUGCCUGUUGCCAGCUCCUCCAGAGACGUAGUGUCAUCUAGCCUGCAGGCCGCCAAAGCCAAAAACCUGGUGUUCUCCAUCCUGCUGGCCGGCGACCGCCUGGUGACCCUGAUCAGAAAAAAGGACCAGUUCCUGCACCACAUAGACUUGCACCUAGUCUUCAACCUCGUCGGCUCCUCCUCGUCCUUCCGAGAGGGUGAAGGCUGGACGCCGAUCUGUCUGCCAAAGUUCAACACUGCAGGAUUUUUCCACGCUCACAUUUCUUAUCUGGAGCCUGCGUCCGAGCUCUGCCUCAUCCUGGUCUCAACUGACAGAGAGGACUUUUUUAACAUGUCCGACUGCAAGAAACGCUUCCUGGAGAGGCUGAGUAAACGCAGCGCCUACCAGGCUCUGAAGGAGGCACUUAAAAAUCCCAGCUACUCUGUGGAGCAGGUCGGCAUCCCAGAACUGAGGCACUUCCUGUACAAAUCAAAGAGCUCUGGGCUGUACACCAGUCCAGAGUUUCCGGAGGUGUACCAGUCUGACGAAGAGCAGGAACGACUGAUGGGCUUGUACCAGGACCUUCACAGCUGCUUGCACCAUCCAACCAGACCUCUCCGCACCUUCUACCGCUGCAGUGAAAGUGAAAACCUGAUGGCAUGGGUGACAAGCGGCUUCGAGCUCUACCUCUGCUUCAGUCCGCUGGCGACCAAGGCCUUGGCGGUUUCUGCUGUCAACAAACUGCUGAAGUGGAUCAGGAAGGAGGAGGAUCGCCUCUUCAUCCUGAGUCCUCUCACAUACUGAGCCCUCUGCUGCCGGCUGACCUCCUGAAUCAAAAAGCGACGCCCUGAACGCUGACUGUCCUGGUGCUAGCAGACGAUGAAACAGCAGUCACGUCAGCGUUCAUGAAUGAUUGUCUGAGCUGCACAUUUCUUGCUUUUGGAAUAAUAAUCUAAUUUAACUGUCAGAUUUGUGAUGAUGUAGGCUGUACUGCUGUAAGCGCUAUUUUAACUAACUAGAUUUUUAUAACUUUUAAUUUGAAUAACAGCAGACGGAGGCAGCAUCAGCACAAAAACAUGUGGCGUUUGCAUGCUGUUGACGCUCUGUCAUUAAAGAUUGUUUCAGUGUAACACAGCUUUUAUGCCUUAUGUCGGUCUUUUUAAUGCUAUGAGCUUAGCUCUUAAAAAUCAAGAAUCAAACUGGAUUAGAAAAACUGGAAAUUCCUCAAGAGCUGCACUAGAAUGUAUUCUGUUCUUGCUGGCAAAACACGAGCUAACCACAUUCCACUUGUGUUUUCUUUUUAUAUGAUGACCAAUAACUGUAAGAACCAUUGCCAUUUUACCUCUAUGCACUUUCUUUAUGCAAAGGCCACUCCAAGAGAGAGACUGGAUUCUGUUUGCUGCUGUUAAAUGUUGACAUGUAUUGUUAAUGUCAGUAUAAAGGAAUGGAAAUGCAAGUCCAUUAAUCUUCCAGGGUCCAUUAACAUUUUCCUUUUGUGUUCACUUUACCGUAGUUUUCGUGUUAAUAGCAACAAAAAGAGAGAAAUGUUUCUGCUUGUGUCUCAUUAUGACGGUUCUUAGUAUCAUGGGAUCCUGCUUUGCUUAUUAAAUCCAGUGUUGCCAAUCUUCCUCCACUAAUCAUUCCUUUGCUAAUAGUCAUUGUGCAAAGCCAACGAUGAGAUUUAUGGCCGCCGCACAGUUGCACAAUUGUUAUGCAUAAAUAAAGACUGUCUCAAAGAUUCUGUGUCCUCCUUGAUUCUAAUACGGUAGCAGUGUUGUCGUGCCAAAAACUAACUGUGCUCUUGAUGUUAACGCUGUAAUUUGCAGUUUAUGUACAUCUACAGCUGCUGUUAUCUGGAUGGGACAGUCAAAAGAUGCAAAUAAACAGAAGUUGUGUGGCAAAA